UUAGCCACGUGCCAUGGUCGACAGUGAGCUUCUUUGUUCGGAAAUCUUCUAGAACAACUCCAAGUAUGCAGGCCUUCGCUUUGCGCUGUUCGCGACAGUCGAGGCAUGAACGAAAGACGAGAGCAUCUACCGUCUCCGGUCAAGAAGCACAUCCUAUGGUCUUCGCCACUCAAGGGAAUGGAGCAACCUGUACGAUCGUUCAAGUCGUUCAUCCAAACUGUACCCCCAAAUCCAAGCUCCGAAGACGAAAAGCCAUUACCACCAACACCAUCAACGCCCACAGGCCCGACGUCCCCAUCUUGGCCGCAUGACCUAGCCUCUUUGGAGCGUACAUCAAGCGUCACCUCUUGGAGAGCACCAGCAGAGUGGAAAUGGGAAAUUCCCAUCCCUCCUAGUCAGCCUUUCCAAAGUACAUCUAUCUUUGCAGCUCGUAAAUAUUCUCCGCUACUCCCUGAACCUUCAACACCACGCUCCGAGAUGUCUCUUGACCUAAGCCUACGGCCGUUCGAACAGAGCCAUUUCCAGCAGCCGCAACUACUUCCAAUACAAGAGAGUUCGAAUGGCAGGCCAGAGCCUCCACCUCGUAAUCCUUCCAGGACAUUACUACAUCGAACAUCGUCUAGUGAGGACGAAUCUGAGAUGUCAACGCCUUCAAUCCGCUAUGGUCUUCCAAGCUCCUUGCCCGGUUCAGGAACAUACGCCGCUUAUCCAGCAGCCUUACGGCCACAGAACAAAUCACCGCAGUCUUCGACGAAUGCGAAGGCAUUCGCAUCAUUAGGCAUAGAUCCACCAGGGAACACGGAGUCCGCACGGGACAACCGGGCGACUAGCCCAAGCUCUAUGGAAGGAGAUGAUGACGCUCCUGCAAAUCUAUCAUUACGUGGCAAGCAACUUCGUCCACUAAAUCGAGGGAGCCCAAUAGUGGACAAUGGCUUGGAAAACAACGAAUUGACCGCUAAGAUGCGACAACUGAGCUUCUCGAAAGAUUACCAUGACGUACUGGCAGACCAGUACCACGAACUGCACACUCAGCAGCCAAAGGUGCCAUUUAAAAAGCAAAUGCAGAAGAGAGAUCAGAAGACGACGACAUCGUGGGUGCCCUACCAUCUCAAAGCCGGACAAAAUCGCCAUGUUACCAAAAGUCAGCUCCACCCGCGGUCUGCAAGCGAUUCAGCAGUUCCACGGCGAAAGCAGAUUCCCGAGUCAGAAGUAGAUCGGUUGCUAGGAAAGGAUAUCCGUCUCCCCAGCUUUCUAGCUCACACCAGAGGUCUCAGACCUGUUAAGAGGCGUGCGAAAACUGCUGAAGCUGGGCACCAUAUUGAGUCUUCCUCUCAACCAACACUACCACUUGAGCUGCGUACACCACUGCUACGGCUCCCUGGAGGCUUCGUCUUGGUACGACAAAAAUCUUCUGAAGCGCCGCAAUCACAGGCUGCUAGCUCUCAGGAAGUCUGGCCGCCAGCUGAGAUCGCACGACAAAGGUCAAAUACAACCUCUCCAGUGUCGGUUUCCGACACUUCUCAGGGACGGUCAUCAUCAUACAGUCAGCAUUGGCAGGUCCUAGUAGCGCCUACAGUAGCGACCAACAAACGGCAGCGCAACUCACUCGGCUCGCCUUCAUCACUCUACUCUCGAUCUAGCACCUCAUCCCCGCCAACCUCUCCACUUGCGCAGGAGAUUUCGCUACCACGUACGCCACCACCUAUUCCCCCACACGGAGCCCGCAGGCCAAAGAGACCUUUCGUCUCGUCGCCCCUACCACGCCACUCUGAGGAAAACAUCCAAAGGAAGCCCGUCGAGAGCAAAGACGAUCACGAUAACCACAUGCAGCGGGUUUUGAGCAAAGCAAGAGGGGCGCGAGAUGCGUGGAGGAGACACCAAAGGGAACUGAGACACGAUAAGCUCAAGCAGAGCAUAAAAGUACUCGGCCCCACUGAUCCAGCUGUGGUAGCCGGUUAUGUGAGACGCGAAGGCAGGAGACUAGAGAAUGGUGAAGCUGACUCGGGAAGGGUUCCUGGGUACCUGGUGAGUGGACCAGUUUAAAGCAUUGGGCA